UUUCCUCUCUGCUCUCUAACAUCCAAAUGGGUAUGUACUGGGUUUUCUUAAAGAAUCUUCUGGACUUUAAUGUUGUGCUCUGUUCAUAUUCAACACACACACAACCCCCUUCCUUGUUCGUGUCCCUCUUCUUCCACUACACUAUUUUCCUGACUGUGGCAUUGGCAGCAUCUAGAAACAGAUCAGAGGCUUCUCCAGCCUACUCCAGCAGAGGUGAAAAAAUACCCCCGGGUCCAAUUGCCGAGCAGAGAAACUGCAGGCAGCCCAAAAAAAUACGACUGGGAAUCAUUCUUGAUAGAGUGAAAGGUGCCCCACCGGGCAAUGGGGCCAUCCGGCUGACAGGUUACCAUCAGAAAACUGGUCAGGUGAUUUGCACCAGCAAUUCAGGAUUUAAUUAUUGCACUAAUUUCAUCAGAUCAGAUAUCAAACACAGUUAUUUCCUAUUUGGAGAAGAACAGGUAAUAUUUUGGGAUGUUCUGCCACAAGAAGAUAUGAUCCUUGUUGCUCGCUUUUAUCACUGCCCCAAUGAAAGGGAAGCAUCUGCAUUCUGGGACAACAAAUUCACCUCCCAUUAUCCAUCAUUAGGGAGUGAACAAUGGUUAACUGCCUGGGCUGUGUUCAGACUAACCAAGCGGUUUGAAUCUUGUGAAGUGAUGUUUGCAGGUGCAAAGAGGGAAAAGGAAUCCAGAAUGACUACAUGGAAUAUUGGAACCCAUACAUCAUCUCUGUAUCAAAGUCCUGUGCCAUCUAUAACAGUUUUGCCCACUGUGCCAGAACACAAGAGGUAUGGCGAUGCUACUUUGAGGCUACACAUCUUUAGCACCCAAAAACCUGAGCUGCCUUUCCCACCAGAAUCACCAGCCAAAGUUGAUCCUACAGAAGCCUAAUCCCAUACAAGUGCUAGAGGAAGAAUAGUUUGUUGUUGUAAACUAGAAUGGCUUGGACUCAUCUAUCCGAAACAGAAUUCAUAGAAGAACCCAAAGGUGGGGUUUUUUUUGUCAAGACAUCAUUCAAAUAACAUGGAAAAGAAGUCAAAUGUUUUUCUCCAGUUGUCUCCCCAGUACAGUAACUACUCAACACAUUCUUCAUCUUGAGGAUUUUGUUUUUGCAGUGAUUUGUUUGUUGUGUUUUGCGACCUUCUUGAAUGAAUACAUUUUCCGAUUUGGAAGUAACAGUUAAAUUUACUGAUCUAGGAUUAAUAAUCUAUCAUAUGAAAAACUAUUGUGGAAGGAGCAUGGCCAAAAACAAGUUACUCUUACCUUGGAAAGAUAUCAAUCCCUAUAUAAUCAUAUGAUUUAUAAAUGAUACUGUUCAUUCUGCUUAGGAACUAGAUCUGCACUAAUAUACUGUAGUAAUAAAAAGGCUGAUUUAUAUCAUUCUAUGUAAUCAAAGUAAAUAGUGUUUUAAAACUGUUCUUUUCCGUUUUUCCCCCUUUUUGCAUACUUUUUUCUUUACUUCAGUUAAAUAAAUUCCUAUUUUUGCUAAUGUAACUACCCCUUCUUAAAAUGGAAUAUGAAUAUUCCCUUCCAAAUAAUUUAAAUUUAUUUACCAUCAUAUUCUGCAUUUUUGAUACUUAAGAUCUUAUACUUAUUUUCCAUCAUCUUCCUUUAGGUUAAUGGUCAUUCAAAGAAUUUCAAGGCUAAGUGGAUUUGAAUUCAAAUUGAGCAUUUUUUUUUUUAAAAAAAUGGCUUAUCUGGUUUUAAUGAGGGUGUGAAAUGGUGUAAAUAUAUUUGGAUAGGCAGCACAAACUGUAUUUUCCAGUGGAUGUAAUGGCCUAUUUAUGAAUACAUAAUAU